AUGGCGGACCAAGGAAAGCCGAUACCAAAACUAAAGUCGCAUCAGUCUGCUGAUACCCUCUGCUCCGUCGCUACCCUCUCCAACUCGAUCAAUGUCGACGAUCGUUUUCGUGGCGAAAAGGAUGCCUUUGCCUUAGACAAAAAGGACAUUUCACAGGAAGACUCGGAUGUCGCUACUCCUCGACAGAAGAGUGCGACUGAAAGUGAAUCUUCCUCAAAGGAGAAUAACGGCUUACAAAAUGCUGGAGGAGAGGAGACAGUCCCAGAAGGCGGACUCAGAGCGUGGCUCGUUAUUGUUGGAAUUUUCUGUUGCAUGUUUACUGCGUUUGGCUUCACGAACACCUGGGGUGUCUUUCAAGCCUAUUAUGAAACUACAGCUCUCAAAGCUUCUUCGUCUACGAAAAUUGCAUGGAUUGGUUCCGUUCAGUAUGCACUAGUAUUCACCCCAAGCAUGAUCGUCGGCCGCUUAUCCGACAAGGGCUAUUACCAUUCGCUGUCAAUUUUCUUCAGCGUGACUUUAUUUCUGGCUACUCUUUUGUUGGCACAGUGUACCGCCUAUUGGCACUUUCUGAUCUGCCACGGAUUCAUGACCGGACUCUCAUGCGGUGUCAUCACGGCCCCAGCUCCUGCUAUAGUAUCACAAUGGUUCAAGGAACGGAGAGCAUUAGCAUUGGGUAUAACAGCCUGCGGAUCUGCGGCUGGUGGAACAAUUUUCCCUAUUUUGAUUCGGGCAUUGCUCCCACGGAUUGGAUUCCAAUGGACAAUGCGUACUGUCGCGCUGAUCAUGCUUAUCUGCCUCAGUUUUGCUUGCCUGACGACCAGAAGACGCCUCCCGCCGUCUUAUCCAACUGGUCCUCUUAUUGGUUUAAAGCCUCUGAAGACGCCGGCCUUUGUCGUAUGGUGUUUUGCGACUUUGUUCGUGUAUAUUGGGGCCUAUACCUUCCAAUCCUAUGUCGCAUCAAUGGCCGUAUCGAAGGGUUUCUCUACCAACUUCUCGUUUACUCUGGUCGCAAUUAUGAAUGGUAGCUCUGGCCUUGGGAGGAUGGCAGCCGGAGUCAUCGCCCGUUAUAUAGGACCUAUGAAUCAUAUGAUUCCUUCGACGAUUAUCACCGCUGCGAUCGUGUUGGCAUGGCCUGCUGCUUUGACCUCAUCGGGCUUGAUAACGAUUAGCACUUUAUACGGCUUGUCAGCAGGUUCAUUCGCCGCCCUUUUAUGGCAUCCAAUAUUAGAUUUGGGAGAACCGGAAGAAUUGAGUCGUCGAGUAGGGAUAUUGAUGUUGUUUUUGGGUUGCGCUGGACUUGGUGGACCUCCGAUGUUGGGAGAGAUCAAGUCUACUUUCGGUUUUCACGCUAUGAGUGCCUUUGGAGGUGGCUGCAUGCUGUUCGGAGUGAUACUUGCGCUCUUCACGCGGUACAUGUUGCUCAAAAGGUUAUGGGGAAAGCUAUGA